AUGACAGGCUAUCAAGAUAAUGUGCAAUGGAGUUUAUCACUAGCUAAAAAAUUCCAUGAUGAGAAUCUAACGGAAAUUUACGAUCCGAAAAAUGAUAUUAAAUAUCAAAUGAUGAAGCCUUGGGACAUCCAGCAAGCUGCAGAGAUUAUGUCACAAGCUUAUAGCCAAGAUAAUAUGUUUUUCAAAUUAAUGGGUGUGAGUAAAGCAGAUUAUCUACCUAGCGCAUUAUUAAGCUAUAAACAGGCAAUGGAAGAUAAUAUGGGAAUGGUCGCUAAAACUAGAGAUGGAGUUUUGGUCGGCGCUAGUGGAGCUUACUUAGUAGAUACAGCUAUAGCUGAAGUCAAGGUAAACUUGGAAGAGUACUAUGGAAAAAAAGUAGCCCCUAUCAUGGAUAUGAGUCGCAUUUUGUUUCAAAAUUUUUCAGUCAAAGAUUACGAUGAUCCCAGUCGUAUCAUUUAUAUAGAUGAUACAUGUGCUUUAUCUCAGUACCGUGGCAAGGGCAUCAGCCUGAUGCUAUCGUUACUAUUGCAGAGUAUCUGUCAGCGUCGCAGUUUUACUCAUGUAUGUUCUAUCGCAUAUCAUCCAGCUUUGGCAAGAAACGUAGAACAUAUGCCUGGUUGGAAGAAAAUCUCUAGUGUCAAUGUUAACAAUUAUAGCUACCGAAAUGAAAAAAUAUUUGCUCCACUGUAUAAUCAAGGCUAUCGUGAUGUUACUCUGUUCAUUAAGAAAUUUAUACCAAGAUACCCCAAUUGA